CAACAACAACAACAACAACAACAACAACAUAAACACAUUUCAAGGUGGAUAUCGUACGUCAACGCGGAGUCGCCUCGCCGUCGGUGCUCACUCUCCCCGCUUGAUGGGAAGGGCGAAGCGGAAAAAAAGGGGAAAAGCUCUCCGCAAGCCCAACGCUCGUCGCCGCGGCCGCGGGGCUCCUGUUUGCGGCUAAAAUGUAGCGAGCACGUCGAAAGCAAGCCACCGUUGGGACCCGAGCUCGACACCAAGCGCGAUAUGACUCGUGUGACGCCGAGUAAGAGCGUGGAAUGGCUGCAAGUGGAGUUGGAGUCCGGUGCCGCUUCUGUGCUCCUGCUUGACUGCCGCGCACACGAACUGUACGAGUCGUCUCACAUCGAGGGCGCCAUCAGCGUCGUCAUCCCGGGCCUGAUGCUCCGCAGGUUCAAGAAGGGCAACAUCCCCAUUCGGACCAUCAUCCCCAACCACGAGGACAAAGAGAAUUUCACGCGGCGAUGUCGAACGGACACGGUGAUCCUGUACGACGAGAGCACCGUCAGCUGGCCGGACAGCGGAGCACCGUCGUCCGUUUUGGCUUUGCUUCUUCAAAAACUGUGGGAAGAUGGCUGUAAAGCGUACUACCUGGAAGGUGGCUUUGUAAAAUUCCACACCGAGUCCCCAGAACACUGCGAGACGCUCCUCGACAGCUCCUGUCCGAGCUCCUCUCCUCCGCUCUCCUUUCUGGGUUUUGGAAAUUUGCGAAUAAGCUCAGACUGUUCGGACGGGGAAUAUGACCGAGAACCCAGCAGUGCCACGGAGUCGGAGGAGAGCCCCCUCCCCAGCAAUCAGCCUGCCUUCCCAGUCCAGAUCCUUCCUUACCUUUACCUCGGCUGUGCCAAAGACUCGACCAAUCUCGAUGUGCUGGGCCAGUACAACAUCAAGUACAUCCUGAACGUCACACCCAAUCUCCCCAACAUGUUCGAACAUGACGGACGCUUCAGGUAUAAACAGAUCCCCAUUUCGGACCACUGGAGUCAAAAUCUGUCCCAGUUCUUCCCAGAGGCUAUAUCAUUUAUAGAUGAGGCUCGGUCCAAGCAGUGCGGCAUCCUGGUCCACUGUCUGGCAGGCAUCAGCCGCUCUGUCACUGUCACUGUGGCUUACUUGAUGCAGAGACUCAACCUGUCGCUCAACGACGCCUAUGACUUUGUCAAGAGAAAAAAGUCCAACAUUUCCCCAAACUUUAACUUCAUGGGUCAGCUCUUGGACUUUGAGCGGACGCUGGGACUGCACAGUCCCUGUGACAACCGCUCCACCAACGAACAGCAGCUCUUCUUCACCACACCGACCAAUCACAACGUCUUUCAGCUGGACACACUGGACUCUACAUGAGGAUCUUUUGAACGUUGGUGGUGGUAAUUUUAACUUGUCAGCGUCCUGACUUCUCUGCAACUUUGGCAGAGGAAAAGCCAUAUUUGAGUCAGUGUCUGAUGCCUUAUUAUGUAACUCAAGGAGAAAUGUGUUAAUCAGUAUGUGACAUUAAUACUUGGUCAUGUUGAAAUGUUUUUUAAGGAAACUGCUCUUUGACUGUUUUGUUUUUGUUUAUUUUUAAUAGCUGUCAUUGCAUUAUUAUAGUAAUGAUUUUGCUUCAGUGGUCUUAAUAGAGUCUUUGUCAUUAAGAAUGUUUUGCAACUGAUGGAAAAUAAGCUACUACAGUCAUCCGGCCUUGACUUUCUGUCCAACUUCUUAAUUCUGAUGACCGUUUGGCUGUUGUGUAAUUGAAACAAACCACCAUAGAAGCCAAUGGGUCACGUUUUAAGUCAAGAGUCUUCCACUAAUGUAAUGUUUUUUUUUAACAACAGGAAGGUAAAUGUGAGAUGCUGCAUACUACACAAUUACAUUUUAAGCAUAUAACAACACUGCUAUUCAUUCUGUCGCUCACAGAUGAGGUAUUUGCAUGAUUGUGUUACAUCAUAUACCACAGACCUUGUUGGUUUUUUUGUUAUAUAUUCAAACUUUGAAAUCAUCAAAUUGACCUUGGGUAACUGGACCAAGGUUUAGGGUCUUUUAGCGUGAUGUGUAACAUGAUUGCUCAUAAUGAACGGCUAUAGGCCUUGUUUUGUACUCCUGACAUUAUUAGUCUGGAGCGUCUCCCUCUUUGGCACCACGACAAUGUUGAAGGGAAACGUGAUGGGCGCAUAACUCGCUCUCUACUUGCCUGUCGGGCCUCCGAGCUAACGAGUGAGACUGACACAUGAAAAUGAGUGAAAGUUGGACUUAUGUCUUCUUACCUCACUGGGAGACAAUUUUCAGGGAUUUUUGUAGGCAUCUCUAUCAUGUCAUGGUCUCUCUAAGUGCAUCUAAGGGCUGUUUUGGUUGCUAUAUUUGUAAAGGUGUACAUAAAUUGCAAUGGGGGACCUUUUCUCAAAAAUAAUGAAGGAUCAAACAGUUACCUGAUUCUGAUCUUUAUAUACUGAAUAGUAUGUUUAACUAAAAUGUCCAAAGUAUUCUGUACAAGUUUAUAUAACAAAUAUAUUUUAUAUUUUUACUUGUA